CGCCGCCACCCGCCCUUUGACCUCCGGCGGCCGCCAUGGGGGACGGGGGGCUCCCCCUCGGCCCGCAGCCCCGCAACCUGUCGACGCCCUGGCCGCCUCCCGACGGGGCCCCCGGCUCUUCCCGGCCGGCGGGCCCGGCCGCCUCGGCGCCGGCGGGCCCGCCGUGGUCCCAGCAGUGGACGGCCGGCGUGGGGCUGCUGAUGGCCCUGAUGGUGGUGCUGAUCGUGGCGGGCAACGUGCUGGUGAUCGCGGCCGUGGCCCGGACGCAGCGGCUGCAGACGCUGACCAACCUGUUCAUCAUCUCCCUGGCCAGCGCCGACCUGGUCAUGGGGCUGCUGGUGGUGCCCUUCGGGGCCACGCUGGUGGUGUGGGGCCGCUGGGAGUUCGGCUCCUUCUUCUGCGAGCUGUGGACCUCGGUGGACGUGCUGUGUGUGACGGCCAGCAUCGAGACCCUGUGCGUCAUCGCCCUGGACCGCUACAUCGCCAUCACCUCGCCCUUCCGCUACCGCAGCCUGCUGACCCGGGCCCGGGCCCGAGGCCUGGUGUGCGGCGUGUGGGCCAUCUCGGGCCUGGUGUCCUUCCUGCCCAUCCUCAUGCACUGGUGGCGGGCCGCCGGCGACGAGGCCCGGCGCUGCUACGACGACCCCAAGUGCUGCGACUUCGUCACCAACCGGGCCUACGCCAUCGCCUCGUCGGUCGUGUCCUUCUACCUGCCCCUGGCCGUCAUGGCCUUCGUCUACCUGCGCGUCUUCCGCGAGGCGCGCAAGCAGGUCAAGAAGAUCGACCGCUGCGAGCGCCGCUUCUACGGCGGGGCCAGGCCGCCCUCGCCCACGGCGCCCACGGCGCCCCGGGCCCGGUCCCCCCCUCCUCGGCCGCCAUCCCCCCCCGCUCCUCCUGCUCCUCCUCCUCCUCCUCCUCGGUCGCCAUCGUUUCCCUGUCAGCCGCCCCCCUCGGGCCUCCCCAACGGCCGCCCCGGCAAGAGGCGCCCCUCCCGCCUCCUGGCCCUCAAGGAGCACAAGGCCCUGAAGACCCUGGGCAUCAUCAUGGGCGUCUUCACCCUGUGCUGGCUGCCCUUCUUCCUGGCCAACGUGGUCAAGGUCUUCCACCGCGACCUGGUGCCCGACCGGCUCUUCGUCUUCUUCAACUGGCUGGGCUACGCCAACUCGGCCUUCAACCCCAUCAUCUACUGCCGCAGCCCCGACUUCCGCCAGGCCUUCCAGCGGCUCCUCUGCCGCCCCCGUCCGGCCUCCCGCCGCCAUGGCCGCCACGGCCGC